AGUGCGAACUGGAGUAAUGAAGUUAUCAGUAGCACUUUUGGCAAGAUGAAAUCAUUUACCUUUCUGAUAGUUUUUCCCGCUUUGUGGGCUAGUCUAUCAGCCUCUGCUCUGCUCCCCAGUUCGGCAGAUUCCUCUACAUUGAAGUUACUGCAUGUGAUGUUUCGUCAUGGAAAUAGAAAUCCUGACGAAGAUAGCAUCAUCCCUAACAGCACUUACUCCGAUGAAAGCUACUACCCUGAAGGAUUUGGCCAACUGACUAACGCUGGUAAAUUGACUGAAUAUACAAUUGGACUCCUCUUGAGAGCAAGAUACAACAAAUUCUUCACCGACACAUGGAAUGUAAAUUAUUUGGAAGCCAGAUCCACCAAUGUUAACAGAACGAAGAUGUCCUUGGAGCUUUUGCUAGCUGGGCUCUACCCACCCAAAAAAAGCCAAGUGUGGUCUGAUCUUCCUUGGCAGCCAAUUCCCUUCAAUUAUGUGCCUACUGCUGAAGACAAGGAAACUCUACCCUGGGCUGCCUGCGCUACAAAUCUCAACAAAUUACUGUCAGAAAUCACCGGCUCCCCAGAAAUUGUCGCAUACGGUGAAAGAUACAGCGAACUGCUUGAAAUUUUGACAGAAAAAUCCGGUUCCACCGCCACCUUACUUAGCCCCUACAGUUACUACUUUGGAUUUGCUACACAAGAAGAGCUUGGCUACACCUUGGACUCCUGGGUGUCCUCCAUCUACCCGGAACCCAUCCACUCAGCUGCUGUUGAUUAUUACUACUACUACACCAAUAAUACCGCGAUCCGGAAACUGGCAGCUGGAUAUUUACUGAAGAAAAUCCUGGCUGACACUAAAUCGAAAAUUGAUGGAACCAUCAGCCCAUCUUCCAGAAAGGCCUUCUUGUACUCUGCUCACGAACUGAACUCCGCCUCCAUGCUUCUUUCCCUAAAUGCCUUCAAAAUCACCGAAGUCCCUCCUUAUGGCGCCCAUGUUAUCUUUGAGGUCCAUGAGAUACUGGGAAUUUGGGGAAUCAAGCUAUUCUACCAAAACUAUCAAAGCUACGAUCCCAUACCCGUUAAAAUCAAUGGAUGUGGUUAUUUCUGCCCAUACGAAGAGUUUUACAGCUUGGUUGAAGAAAUCCUUCCCGAGUCCGAUGACGAAUGCUUUUCUUAAGUUUUUAUUCAUUUAAGAUGAGCUAUUACCAUAUUACCAUUUCGCAUCUAUGCAACCGCUGUAUGAAAAUACUUUAAAUAAAUUGAUUGGAUCCAUUAA